UCUGCAAUAUAAAAAAGGGUUUGUUUUUGUUUUCCAGAGACAGGAAAAGAAGUGAAUAGAUAUAGAAAUUUAAGGACAAUUGGAUGGGUGGAGGAACGGCAGCCCUACAGAAAGAUGUGCCAUGGAGAGCUGGUGGGGCAAGACCAAUACCCAAAAUUCAUUAUUCACCUAUUCUUCGUAUUCCUCAAAACCCUCACUCAGAUUAUGCUCUUUCCAUCAUGAAGCAUCCAGAUCCAAUUGGAAGCGGAUUGGGGACGGAGGCUAUAGUAGAAGCAGCAGGGCCUGAUUGCAUUGUUCCUGGACAGAAUCCACCUAUCAAACUUCUCGGGUUAAAGGUAUGGCCCAUUGAAGUCGACUUGAAAUUUAUGGAACCUGUUGGGCGAGAACUAAAGUCAGUUCGGAAGUUCAUGAAUUCUGCAGUUGAUCUUAUGAACAAAUCUUUCAUUGAUCGCUAAUACUUUCCGUUGGAGUGGCUGAAGUUCACCAUUUGUUAUACCAACUACUUUGAGGCUUGUCAAAAACUAGUGAAGCGGGUUAUAGAGAUCAUCGGUUACUACAACUGUUCCUUAUUUAAGGAGGUCCUAUUUGUACUUUAUCAAACUUGAAAUUUAUUGUACAUUUGACAGCUACAUGGAGUUGUGGCUUUUUAAUAAAGUUAAUUACAUCUCAAGUUAUAUGGUAUGGAACUUUUUAUGGUGAUGUCA